AUUUAUUAGAUGAAAAAGAAAGGGGACAAAUUGGUCAUUAUUUGAAUUCUUCGAAACUCCGACAGCUCCCACUGCGUCCUCUUCAAACUGAACUCACACAGUAAUAGAAAGAGAAAGAUAAGCUUAAAGAAACACCAAACGCACUGUUUUUAGAGAGAGAUAGAGAGAGCAGAAAGGAAGAAAGUCUGCUGGAGAUAACUAAAGCGUAAGGAAAGAGAGGAAGAGGAACGCAUCUUUCUCUCCUUUGUAGUUUCUUCAUUAGAACAGAGAAACAAGAAUUGAAUCAGCUUUAAAUUUGAAGAAGAACAAGCAAAAUGUCAGGUUACGUUGGGAUUCUGGUAUCUGAUCCAUGGCUCCAAAACCAGUUCACUCAGGUCGAGCUUCGCAGCUUAAAGUCUCACUUUAUGAGCAUGAGAAGGGAGAGCGGGAAGCUCACGCUCAGAGACUUGGCUUCUAGGAUGUCCAGGUUGAAAGUAGUGGGAGAGAAUCUGACGGAGGAAGAGAGAGCUUCUUUUAUUCAAGAUUUGUAUCAAAAUCUCGACGAUGAGGUCGAUUUCGAGUUCUUUUUGAAGGUGUAUUUGAAACUUCAUGCAUAUGCAAGUGCAAGAACAGGAAGUGUUGCAAAGAACUCAUCAGCAUUCCUUAAAGCCGCGACCACUACAUUGCUUCACACCAUCAGUGAACCCGAGAAGGCAUCCUAUGUUGCUCAUAUCAAUAAUUACCUAGGAGAAGAUGACUUCUUAAAGAAAUACCUCCCCAUUGAUCCUUCGACCAAUGAUCUCUUUGAGAUUGCAAAGGAUGGAGUCCUUCUUUGCAAGCUUAUCAAUGUGGCAGUGCCUGGUACAAUUGAUGAGAGGGCUAUUAAUACAAAGAGAGUGCUCAAUCCAUGGGAAAGGAAUGAAAACCAUACACUCUGUCUCAACUCUGCUAAGGCUAUUGGAUGUACUGUAGUCAAUAUUGGGACCCAAGACUUCAUUGAAGGAAGGCGCCAUCUUGUGCUUGGAUUGAUUUCUCAGAUCAUUAAGAUACAACUCUUGGCAGACCUCAAUCUGAAGAAAACACCUCAGCUGGUGGAGUUAGUUGAUAACAGUAAGGAUGUGGAAGAGUUGAUGAGUCUACCACCAGAGAAGAUCUUAUUAAGAUGGAUGAAUUUCCAGUUGAAGAAAGCUGGAUACAAGAAAACAGUCACAAACUUUUCUUCUGAUGUGAAGGAUGCGGAGGCUUAUGCUCACCUUUUAAAUGUUCUUGCACCCGAGUAUAGUAAUCCAUCUACAUUGGCCGUGAAAGAUCAUCUGGAAAGAGCAAAGUUAGUUCUUGAACAUGCAGAUAGAAUGGGUUGCAAGAGAUAUUUAACUGCAAAGGACAUUGUUGAAGGUCAACCAAAUCUCAACCUAGCCUUUGUUGCACAUAUUUUCCAGCAUAGGAAUGGGCUGUCGUCAACCCAAACUAAACAGAUGUCUUUUCUUGAGACACUACCUGAUGACACACAAAUCUCUAGAGAGGAAAGAGCAUUUCGAUUUUGGAUGAAUAGUCUUGGCAAUUCAACCUAUAUUGACAACGUCUUUGAAGAUCUCAGGAAUGGGUGGGUGCUUCUAGAGACCCUGGACAAGGUGUCACCAGGGAUUGUUAAUUGGAAGAUUGCAAAUAAGCCUCCAAUCAAGUUGCCAUUCAGAAAAGUAGAAAACUGUAAUCAAGUUGUAAAAAUUGGAAAACAGUUAAAAUUUUCCCUGGUUAACAUUGCUGGGAAUGACAUCGUGCAAGGAAAUAAAAAACUAAUAUUAGCUUAUCUGUGGCAGUUAAUGAGAUGUAACAUCCUCCAACUUCUAAAGAAUUUGAGAUUCCACUCUCAUGGAAGAGAAAUCACCGAUGCUGAUAUUUUAAAAUGGGCCAACACCAAAGUGCGUGAUGCAGGAAGUCAGAGUCGCAUGGACAGUUUUAAGGAUAAAAGUUUGUCAGAUGGCAUUUUUUUUCUUGAGCUUCUCAGCGCUGUUCAGCCUAGAGCAGUAAAUUGGAGUCUUGUCACAAAAGGAAUAACUGAUGAGGAGAAAAGGAUGAAUGCCACCUAUAUCAUAAGCAUCGCAAGGAAGCUAGGAUGCUCAAUAUUUUUGCUUCCUGAAGACAUAACAGAGGUGAAUCAAAAGAUGAUCCUUACAUUGACAGCAAGCAUCAUGUAUUGGUUCUUGAAACAACCUCUUGAAGAGAAACCAAAUGGAACUUCAGAUAGUGAGACCAUCUCAAAUUCAACAGUGGAUGAUUAUGCCUCAGAGUCAUCGUUAGAAGAGAAUGGGAAUCUGUAAACAGACCAUAAACUUUUGAUAUAUAUAUAUAUAUAUAUAUAUAUAUAUAUAUAUAUAUAUAUAUAUAUAUAUUUUUCCUAAGUCAAUUUGUUAAACUUGAUUGCAAAGAUGUCUGUAUGAAUAGGGAAUGGAUUGUUUUCAAAGCAAAUUUUGCUAAGCAAAUGCAUAUGCGAGUAGUUUUUCC